CUACAACAGAAAAUGACUAAAAGUAAAAAACGAAGCAGAUCUCGUGAUCGAGAGGACGACACAAAUAAGAAGCUGCGUAGGUUAGAAAAAAUGAUGGAAUUAUUUUUAGAUCUUCAAAAUGUAACAUCUAAAAAAGAUGAUGGUCAUUCCAAUAAAGAAAAUAUCCCUAACAAUCCAAAAGAUCAUGAUGCUACGAUCAAUACAGAUCUUACUGAACCCGUUGAGGAGUCAGAGAAAUUAGAUCCUCAGCAAACUGAGGAAGCUGUAUCAGAUCCUGCAAAAACUGUCACGCCAGUGGUUGAUAAUACAAAACAAGUGGAGUCCACAAGCGAAGUGACAAAACUUGAUGAAGAGUUGGAGAGCGUACUAGGUGAAGACCCGACUAACCCAAAUAAGAAGGUAGUCAACGUGCACCCAAGCCUAGUUCCAAGAUGGUCAACAUGGCUUACAGAAGGGUUGCCCGAGGACACGAAGAAAGAGUUGAAAGAUAAAUAUCCACUCACCGGUAACGUACGUCUCGAGGCUCCUGAGCUAAAUGAGGAAAUUGUGUCUACGUUGAACGAGGCAGGAACGAAAAGAGAUCAGCUUUUCGUUGCAGAGCAGAACUUAGUAGGUUCAGCUUUAUCAGCCUUAGGAGAGGCUAUUACGAUGAUCAUAAAGGAUGAGGAGGAACCAGUUGAUCAACUCCAAUUGUUAGAGAAAUUAUCAGAUGGAGGAAAAUUACUGUCACAACUACACUUUCAAGUGUCCUCUGCCAGGAAAUCCUUUAUUGCGCCAGUUCUCACCAAGCCAAUGAAGGAGCUUUUACAAAAAACAAAGCCAGGCACCUUACUCUACGGAGAAAAACUAUCAGAGAAAAUAAAGACAGCAAAAUCGGUGGAAAAAAUUGGUAGAGAACUGAAAACUCCAUCUGCAGCAACAUCCUCGUUUGUCGCAAAGAAACCAGCUCAGAAACCAGCCUCUGGGAGGCCUUUAAACUGGCGGGGCCAGUAUGCGAGAAUGGGGACUCAGCAUCAAGGCCAGAAAUUCCCUCAAACGAACUACCCCAAAGCAGGACAAUACGCCAGCAAGAAAUCCAGCAGCUCGUCGAACCAGUUGAGGUCCAGUCGGUUAUCACAGGGCGACAAGAAAAAAUAA